AUGUCCGUAGUAAAUGACGCUUUCCUCCAGCUAAGUGCCUGUUGGACCCGACCUCCCCCAAUUCUUGUAAUAUGUCUGCGCGACGUGAGCGUCACAUCAUCCGCCCACGUCUCAGACUCUGCCACAACCGCUUUUCCAUUCCUCCACCAAGGUAAAAUGACGUGGUAUCCACCUCUGUUCGGUGGCUCACCAGCUGAUGAUGCGAUUGGUGUCGUUUACUCACGAAUUGCCUAUCGACAAUAUGCAGUUCGUGCACUAUACUCUUGUCCUUAUUUAUACAAUCUAAUUCUCCUCCUCCUCCUCCUCCUCCUCCUCCUCCUCCUCAUUUUAGGCAUGAACACCCGGCAAGUUAGGCAGGAAGUGGAGCGUGGGUACCGAAUGCCGAAUCCACACACUCCUCAACAUCCCUGUCCGAACGCCCUCUACGAAAUUAUGCUCUCCUGCUGGGACGCUGUCCCCGAAAUGAGACCAACUUUCAGCCACCUCUUCGCCACCUUUGACAGUUGGGAGGUGCAGGUCGAAGGUCAAUAUGUUGAUGACGCUGUCUAG